AUGAAUAAUUAUACUCACUAUACUCCUCUUCCUGCUAACUUAAUCCCCGACGAGGCCAACCCGCCAUGGAACAACAAAGGUGACAAUGCAUGGCAGCUCACCGCUGCAACGCUUGUCGGUCUCCAGAGCGUGCCGGGCCUUAUUAUCCUCUACGGAGGUGCUGUGAAGAAGAAAUGGGCGGUUAAUUCGGCCUUCAUGGCACUAUAUGCUUUUGCUUGUGUUCUAGUUUGUUGGGUUUGUUGGGGCUAUAGACUGUCCUUUGGAGAUAAACUUAUUCCUAUAUGGGGCCAAAUUAACGUGGCAUUGGAACAAGAUUAUCUUCUUCAAAAUGCGUUUUUGGGUUAUUUUCCGAACGCAACGAUGGUGUUUUUCCAAUUUGUUUUUGCAGCUAUCACUUUGAUUUUGAUUGCUGGGGCUGUGUUGGGGAGAAUGAAUUUCUAUGCAUGGAUGUUGUUUGUUCCUCUCUGGCUGACCUUCUCAUACACCUUUGGAGCAUUUACUAUUUGGUCUACUAAUGGUUGGCUAUCUACUCGUGGGAUUAUUGAUUAUUCUGGUGGGUAUGUGAUCCAUUUGUCCUCUGGAGUUGCUGGAUUCACAGCUGCAUAUUGGGUUGGUCCUCGUUCAAACAAGGACAGGGAAAGGUUCCCUCCAAACAACAUCCUACUGAUGAUGGCCGGGGCAGGGUUGCUGUGGAUGGGUUGGUCGGGGUUCAAUGGCGGAGACCCUUAUGCGGCCAACAUCGACGCUUCCUUGGCCGUCUUGAACACUCACGUCNUGAUGAUGGCCGGGGCAGGGUUGCUGUGGAUGGGUUGGUCGGGGUUCAAUGGCGGAGACCCUUAUGCGGCCAACAUCGACGCUUCCUUGGCCGUCUUGAACACUCACGUCUGCGCCGCCACUAGCCUGUUGACAUGGCUCAUUCUCGACGUUGUGUUCUUCGGAAAGGCUUCAAUCAUUGGUGCUGUCCAAGGCAUGAUCACUGGUUUGGUUUGCAUCACUCCGGCAGCUGGGGUUGUGCAAGGAUGGGCAGCCAUAAUAAUGGGAAUUUGUUCAGGUUCCAUCCCCUGGUUCACCAUGAUGGUUGUGCACAAAAAAUCCGAGCUCCUUCAGAAAGUUGACGACACGAUGGCCGUUCUACACACUCACGCCAUCGCCGGAAGCCUUGGGGGCAUCCUUACUGGCCUCUUCGCUCACCCUAGGCUAUGUAUGUUAUUCUAUGCCGACUACAAGCAGUACGUUGGCCUCUUCUACGGCUUUCACAUGGGAGAUUUCCGCACGGGAUUUAGACAGAUAGGGCUUCAACUUCUAGGAAUUCUGUUUGUGGUUGUGCUUAACGUUGUGAGCACAAGCUUGAUAUGUUUGUUUAUCCAACUCAUUGUCCCUUUAAGGAUGUCUGAAGAGGAUAUGGCUAUUGGUGAUGAGGCUGCUCAUGGAGAGGAGGCUUAUGCUAUUUGGGGCCAAGGUGAGAGGCUCGAGAGUUCGAAGUUUUCGAAUUGCAACGACAUUGAAGUGCCGGUGACUACGGGUCAAGUUGAGAUGAUAUGA